GAGAUGCGUAGAUCGACGAGUGGUUCUAGAGUUUCGGAUCAGUUUGCGGCGAAGACCCCGUCUCCGCCUCGAUCUCAGAGUGUUGCAGCUAUGGACGAUGACGUGGAGCUGCUUUUGCCUAGGUACGACCCGAAUUCUGAAGCGGGGAAGAGAGAGAAUUCAAGAUUCAGAUCUGCAGAAAACGUCAUUCAUCUCAUUCCUCUCAUUCUUCUUCUCUGUGUCGUAAUCCUCUGGCUCUCCUCUCAUUCAGUGAUGGAUUUGGAAAUUGUCAGCAGGUUCAAGGAGUUGAGUUCAAGAAGCAACAUGCUUGUCUUGUCCAUGGGAACUCAAUUUCAGUUUUGGGAAACGAAACAACUUUUUUUACUGCCGGUGAAUUUGUGCCGCAAACCAUACGUAACUCUUGCAUUUUUUUUUGUUCUUUAUACACAUGACUAAUAUUUAUAUUUCUCAUAUAGUCCUUUUUUUUAUUUAAAAUGUACAACUUUUAGUUUGUAAUAACGAUUUCAACAUCACACAACUCAAUUUAAUCAUCA